AUGCCGCUUGAAUGUGGUAUAGGAGACUGUGUAGCUUUGGUAAUAACAAGACCAGAUUCAGAAGAAAGAAAAACAGGUCGAAAUUAUGUACUUCUGCGGCUCAACGACCCCAAUGGUGAACAGUUGUCAGAGAUCAAGGUACCAUGGCCGGAUGGAGAGCCUGACCCAUGCGAGGUCCAAUACCGCGAAUCGGACGAAUGCGUGCGGCUGACAAAUAAUGCUACCUUUGCUGAUAUUCCAUUACGGGUUUCUAGACUUCGUGAAGUAGUUGCUAAUCGACGACAAAGAAGCCCUCCCAAAAGAUUUUCAAGUUUUUCGAGUACUCCCUGUCCAGUGGAAGAAAGCAAUCAAAAAAAGCUUCACUCCGCUUUGAAAGACUUUGUGAAGGAGCCUUUAGAAAAUGGAAAGUGGAAACAUGCCCUAAAGUACUUGUCGGCCAAAAAUGCGAACGCGGAUGGUUUCUUAACGAAAGAUGAACAAACCGUCAUUCUUCAUUUCUUACCAACACAGUCGUUUAGUUCAAAGGAGUUAAAGAACAUAUGUGAAGUGCUACGAAGGACGAACGUGUUCGGGUUGAGUUGCUUGGCUUCUUUUUAUGAACUAUGUCUGAGUUUGGAUCAAAUGGCCCUGGUUCGCUCAGCUAUCGAGUCAAGUGAUUCGCUGUCUGAGCAGUGUCUUGCUGUUCUGCUGAAUUUUGUGGCCAGAUGCUGCCGCACGAAAGAUAACUAUCCAGAAUGCUUCGAUACUCAUGCAGAAAUGUAUGAACUUGCGCUCUCCUUAAUGACUGUGUUGACUGAUGUGUUCGGCAGUCGAUUAGUUUGGGAAAAUGAUUUACACCAUGUAGCAGAAGAGGCGCUGGAAUUUUCUGAAAGAUUGUCGGAAAUCGUGUCCCUAUUUAAUCAAAUAGAAGUGCAACAGAAGUAUUCCGAACGGAAACGGGAGGAAGAGGAAUCUCAAGCACAGUACAGGAUAGAGAAAAUCUCUUUACCACGCAGACCAUUGAACUGGUGA